AUGCGCAGGCUGGAGCAUAACUACACACAAAGUUUCGCGCGCUUCCUUCGGAGUCCCAGCGCCGAGGGGGCGUGGUUGGGCGUGGCUUCGGCUGCGUAUUGUCAUGGAGACCAGAAGCUGUCCGCGGCUGAGGCGGAAGGCUGUGAGCCAGACGGUGCGGCGCGCGGGGCCGGAGCCCCGGGGAGCGCGCGACGGCCUGAGACUGCUUCUCAGGCUGACCGUUCCGGGUUCCGGGUAGGCUCGAGUGUCUGCAGGGAGUGUCCCCGCCCCGACGCGAGGGUCCCCGCCUCCCGCGACCGCACCGCCCCCGGCUCCGCCCGCUCAGCCCGGCUAACGGUCGGCGAGGCCUGCCACGAGGGAGCGUCCGCGGCCCGCGCAGAGCCGCGCACCGAGCCGAUGGCGUGGACGCGGCCCGGCCCCGCGCGUGGGCGGCCCGAGCCUGAGACAUGCCAAGCGGGUUCUUCAGUCCGCGUGCAGGCAGGCGCGCGGGGGCGUGUCCCUCGGGCCCACGCGUGUCCCCCUGAAUCUGUCUCGGCUCUCGUCCAGGACGACGACUUCUGAAAGCGAGCCAAGGAGAAUCGCAGUUGGUAAUGGAGCCCCUGACUGCCUGUGGAAGAAGGUGAUUCGGAAGACAGGGAGAUGAGGAUCAAACCAUGGAGAGAAAUGCAGUGUAAAGAAGAAACUAACAGAUACUUCUGUUACCAUUAUCGUCAAAUGGUUGAGU